UUGUGUAGUUUUUAUAGAAGCCACAAUGAACAUGGAAGAGAGACUCAUUGCUGCCGUAACCACCUUUCCAGAGUUGUACAACCCUGCCGUGAGAGAGUAUAGAGACAUAGGUCGCCGUGCAGUCGCUUGGCGUUUUAUCGGCUUUCAACUCGGAAUUUCUGAGGAGGACGCAAAGAGACGGUGGAGAAGUCUGAGAGACCGAUACAGGAAGGAACACACACACAAUGAAAAAGAGCGUCGAAGCGGAUCUGCUGCAGAGCACAAAAAGGUGUGGAGGUUCAUGCCCCUGCUUCGGUUCCUCGAUCCCUACAUCCAGGAGAAAUCUACAUGCUCCAAGAAGAUCUGCAUGGGAUCUACAGAUGUGGACAGUCUCUCUCAAGAAGAACCGAGUCCCAUGCAGAGUGAUGCUGAAGUAUCCUGCAGCCCAGCCACAUCAGACCUCGCAACGCCCCUUGAGAGCCCCAGCCUACCCGCACCUGGUUCUUCGGGGCCCAGCCCUGGCACCCCGCUGCACAGAAGGAUCCAACCUCGGCCCAAGAGAGCGCGGACAGAGCGCGCUGACACUGAGGCACAUGCAAUAAAUACUAUAUCACACCGCUAUGAUGAGCAGGCGCUCUUCGGAUUGAGCCUAGCAGCCACACUGAGGCGCCUUUCUCCUGUAAGGAGACGACUGGCAAGAUGCCGUAUAGAGCAGUUACUGUAUGAGGUUGAGUUUGGGGAGAAGUUGAUUCCGGGGCAAGCAGAGCCCUCGAGUCUUGAAAGCUUGGCCAAAGAUGGAGUUUGACUGAACACCUACAUCGCUCUCUUGCUGUAACAAACAAUGACCAUCAUCCACUUCCAUGAGUGGGCACCUUGUAAUUGAUCCUGAACUUUCGAUAGCCUGGAUAAAAUGUUUGCCAUCCAUGACUCCAGUGCAAUUAGGGAAGUUCCACAGCUCCUUGAUGUCCUUGGGAUAUAAAGGGGGAGUUCAUGAACCAGGCCACGGUAUUAUCCGACCUGUGUCCUUGCUUGUUCUACAUCAUGUAUGCAACUAUGACGUCUACAUUAGGCUUGUAGUUAUUGAUGUGAAAUAGCAAUAGCUAGUAGCUUUCUUCUGUCUGUUUCCACUGUUCAGGUUUGUGGGCAGAAAAAUUAAAGAAAAGGGGGGCAGGGUCGAGAGUUAAACUUCAAAGCACGACAUCACACAACUGGGCCCUGUGGUGACAUACCAACACUGAUCCCAUGCAUUAUUCUGCCACACUAUUGUUUUUGGUCUGAAUGAUGGUUAAGAGUCUUCAGCCAUGGUAGCUGCUCUGUGAGGCUUCAAUGCUAAAUGCUAAGAUCAGCAUACUAACAUGCCGAGGUAGGGUGUUCAAUAUGUUCACCAUCUUAUUUUAGCGUAUUAACACACUAAUUAGCUCUAAUCACAAAGUACAGCUGAGACUGAUGGAUAUUUUAUCAUAAAGCAAAGUAUUCAUUGAAACUUUGACCUGGUGGUUGAUCUGGAUGAAAAGUAAAGGGGGUCACCAAAGCAAUCACAGUUCAACCUGAAGGGAACAUGAAUGUCUGAAACACAUUUCAAUAAAGUCAAAAAUGUCAACCUACUGGUGGUGCUAAAGGAAAAGUCAGAGGCUCACCAAAGCUAGUGGGCUUCAUCCUCUGGGGACAAUGAAUGUCACUACACAAUUGCAGGGCAAUUCAUCCCAAAGUUAUUGAGAUAUUUUAAUCUGGACCAAAGUGGUGGACGGAACGACCAACUGACUGACGUUGCCAUCCAUAGAGUCAUGCCGCUAGCUUGGCUAGAAAUGACCAGUCAGACUCUUGUAUGUGCUGCAACAGGUUUUGCCAAAGACACAGGGUGAAAAAUAACCCAGAGAAGACUGAAAGGCUGAAACACAAGCUUGCAUGUAGGCAAAUGUACAUGUGGAUCAUUCAGAGACAUCAGCUUUUUCUUUUAUACUUGUAUAUAUGUCCCUCGUCAAAAAGACAGUAAAGCCAGCACCAUGUGUAAAGUGCAGGAAAUACAUAUGAAAGAAGCAAAUGCAUCAUGCAGGGAAUAGUGAAAACAUGAGGGGACUUACAAAAAAUAAGAAAAUGUAAGACCACUCAGAGAAAGUGACAAUCUCUGCAUUACAUUAAUGGAAGAAUUAUCAAAAUGCCAUGGUUUUGUUAAAUACAAUGUAAAAUCUUAUAUUACUUCUUUGUAAAUUCUCUCAAGCCAUAAUAAAAUUUUACAUAUUUUAACUGA